AUGCCAUUUGAUUUCUCAUCUGACUGUGAGUGUUCUAACUGCCUGGAGAGUACUCAGAAUGAGCCUGACUGGAAUCCCUGUUUCAACAAGAGUAGUAAUGACUCUCUAUAUUUAAGAUCAAGAAAGAAGUCCAUGCUUUCUUCUGGUAUACGAUGCUUUCCUCCUCAGUGUUGUUCCACCAGGCCACAGAAUGACACCAAAGAGGACUCAGGAUUUCUUCCCUCAGAGGAAGAAAACUCUGUGGAGUCUUCUCAAAACAAUUACCUCAGUCUGAACCCUGAGGGCAUUUCAAGGAAAAUCAGGCCGUUGAGAGAGUUAACUGUCCAAGAAUUACUGAGGGAGUUUGGGGAUAGUGGGAAGUUCCAGCCAAACUCCACAUCUGUAGGCCGCUUUAGAGAUCAGGUGGUCAUGAAGUUCAGAAGAGCUCUGUAUUAUUCUGGAAUUUGGGUGACACAUGUCCAAGGCUACAGACAUGAAAAACACUUGUCAGCUAAUUAUUUCAAGAGAAAUCCUCAUUGUCUACACCGGCUGGUGCCCUGGCUGAAACGGGAACUAACAGCUGUUUAUGGAGAUUAUGGUUAUACAGUGAAGAAUAUCCUAGCCACCAUUCUCCAUCACAUGACACAAUAUGAUCUGGACAGUGAGUCCUUCAUUCACCUCUUGGAGCCUUAUCUCCAACAACACACCCACCAUUUUCUGCAUGAGUUUAUUAGUUUUGUUCAUUCACCUUAUAACAUGGAGACCUAUGACCAACGAGCCAUCUAUCAAUGUCCGUCUGUUUCACCAUGGGUUAAAAAGAAGUCCAUAGCAUCAGAUUCUGUUUUGCCUUUGUCUAAGGAUCAGGCUCUACUGGCAUCUCAACAUGAUACAGGGCAGUCUAGAAACACCCAGGGGCAAUGGAAAAAUGAACAGAAGCCUCUGUCAGGCUUGAAACAGUUUCCAAAUGGUAACUCGUCUUUGCAAAAAUCUGAAAUGCCACUACAACAUCAUAAAAUAGCAAGCAAAAUCCAUGCUUGGAUCAAAGACAAAUCAGAAUCAGGUGAUGAAAAAGGCACAACUUCUAACAAUAUAUUCUUGAAUUAUACUACUCCAAGGGAAAGGGGCCCAGGCUUACAGAAUUGCAAAAAAAAAGUUCAAGAGAGGAAAACAGAAGGGAUAAAGUUGCUUCCUGAUCAUGUCCAGGAUCUGGGAAAGAAUGAAACAACUGCACAUGCUUUCAGUCCCCCAGAAGUUUUUAGUCAGGGGCAGCCAUGUCAGCACAGUCUAAGAGAAGGAAGGAUUUUGAGCCCUGGCCAGCAGAUCAAUUUCAAGAAAAAAGGAGCAGACAAAAUUAAAUACUCAGAUUCUUCACCAAAGAUUUUUCAAAGACAACUACUCAGAGAAAGAUCCUUGUUAAGUUGCAAAUCCAGAAAGAGGGACCCUUCUUGGAGUUGCGUUUCAGAAACUGCCCUUUCUUCUGGGAGAAAUAGUAGGAAACUGAGCUCUUUCAGAAAAAAGAGACUGAAGAGCAAACAGUCCUCCCAAUUUGCAGAAGUUGGUUCACAUUUCAGUAGAAGAAUUCAAAGACAGUCAAGGUCCAGUUCUCACAGAUCCAAAUCUUGGUGUGUUGGGUUUACAAAGAGAUCGUUAAGCAGAGAGUCAAGUAAUCCCUCUCUGAGAGGAAGCCACAGAAGUGAACGCUUCAUCCAAAAUAUAUGCUGUGACCACUCAAAAGAGAAGGAUGUGCAUAGUUAUGAAUCAAACUGUGGGAGAGCAUCUUUGACUACAGUCCAGUACGUGAAACGGCCUUCAACUGCUGGGAAGAGACCCAAGUGUUCUUCUAAAAGUGAGAGUACUUCCCAAGCUGGAAGCCACUGUAGUAGCCUCACACGCCUACAGACUGAGAAACGUAGAUCCCCAAGUAAACACGAGAUGAGGCAAAAAACUACAUUUCCUAGAGCUGGCAAAACCAGAGCAGUUAGGCGCCGAAAAAACAAAUGCCAAUGUCUAGGUACAAAAACCACAAAGGAAGUCAGUGAUGAAGUCAGGGAUCCGAAUGAUGUAAGGCAGAAGAGUAGUCUUUCUGAGUGUGCACCUUCUGGCAGGAGGCAAAUCCAAAAGAAAAAGGAGAAUUCAGGCCUUCAGAAAUGUCACUGGGCCAAAAAUGAACAUAAAGGAGACAAAAUAUUAGAAACACAGGGGUGCAAAUUAUUUUGA